GCCCUGAAUGAUUCGCACCAGCAAAUGAUGGUCCACUGGGUCGGCGAGUCGAGUGAUGUGAUAAUUUGCUUGUCUCGGGAUUCAACGGCGUCCAAAAUUCAAGAGAAACUUGGUGGCAACCAGUCAAAAUUGGUACCUCCUUCCUCAUCGGUUUAUAUUUCUUAUGACUAUGGCGACACUUUCGUCAAUAAAACUUCAAUGUUUGCUUUGGUCAACGGAUCGAUUGCUUCGAUGGACAAAUAUUACACACAUCCUAAAUUCAAUGCAUAUUUCGUUUUCCGUGAUCUCUACUACAAGGUGUUGUUUGUGACGAGGGACAUGGCUGGAACUUUCAUCAGGCGGGACAUCCCAUUUACACCUUCCGAUUUGUAUUUCCAUCCCGAAGACCCGGAAACAUUUUUGGUGCACGACGAAGUUGAUGAACAGAAAACGUUGUACAUAACGAGAAAUUUUGGAGAAACAUUUACACCCCUACAGAAGUAUGUGAAGUCAUUUGCAUGGUCUUCAGGUUCUUCAUCUGAUGCAUCAAAUUAUUCAGGUGGAUCCAGAAUGACUUCUCCUUUGCCUUUGCUAUUAUAUAUUGAAAGAGCAGAACCAACGGACACAAGUACUGUUCUUACUGUGACCGCAUUAUCCCAGACAAAUGUGUUGAUUGGCAAUGUCCAAGAUUUCUUAGUUAGAGGAGACUUUAUGUUCGCCACCAGGAAAAACAACAAGAACAAUCUAGAACUACUGAUUUCAUAUCGAAGAGCCCUUUUCUUAGAAGGCAUUUUGUGCCAUGUUCCAAAUAGUACGUGGACUGACACCUGGCUGAGUGAUAUAGCAGAAGAAUCAUUUGCUGACUUAUACCGUGUUGAGGGUCUUCUUGGAGUCUAUAUUGCGUCCCGCGUUCUUUCUACUUCUACAUUCAAUAACAAUGCCACCAGUAGAGGCAGAACUCAACCAGUUAUAUCACCAGAACAUUUAUCCAGUGUGAUAACCUUCGAUCAUGGUGCCACUUGGCGACCGAUUUCUCCACCGCGACGAGAUGACGAUGGACAUCCAAUCAAAUGCGACACCAACCUGGGAUGCUCAUUGCAUUUGACUCAGAAAUUCAGUUACAAUACUCAGUUCCAAGUCCGCACCGGCAUCAUUCUCGCCGCUGGUGUUAUCGGACGCUCUUUAAAAGGUCAUCCUGGUGUAUUUUUAAGUCGAGAUGGCGGCCUUACUGGAAUCGCCGUGAAGUAUUUUAAGACGAGAGGCGAAACGAAACGUCUUCUAUAUUCUACUGAUGAAGGUGAUACUUGGAAGAGUGUCGAUUUCCAUUCAAAGGAUUUGAGAAUUUAUGGUUUGAUGACGGAACCAGGGGAGAAUACUACGGUUUUCACUAUGUUUGGUUCAAGCCCUGGUCUACAUCAAUGGCAAAUUAUAAAGGUUGAUUUGGCAGCCGCUUUCGACCGUAUGUGCACGCCCGAAGAUUACAAAUUUUGGGCUCCAGGAGGUCUUUCUGGUGUUUCAGAAAUGGCAUGUUCUAUGGGAUCCAAAGAUACUUAUCAACGAAGGAUACCAAGGGCUAAUUGCUAUAAUGGCAAAGAUUACUCCAGACCGGUUAAUAAAGAAGUUUGCGAGUGCGGAGCUCACGAUUUUGAAUGUUCUCCAGGCUUUACUCGUAGUAGCCAACCGUUCCACUGCCAUAAAAAACCUGAACUAUCAGAGGAUCCGUUUGCUGUUCCCGCCACUUGCAGACCUGGACAAUUUUAUAAAAGGACUAAAGGUUAUAAAAAGAUUAUGGAGAUGUCUGUUUGGGCGGUUAUGAGUACCUCUAUGAACCAGCAACAAUACCGUGUCCCAUUUGCUCCAACAAGAGAAUUUUUAGACAGGAAUAGAAGUUUUUCCUGUAGAUGGUUGAAGAAUGUUAUAGCAAUUGAGUAUGAUAUGAAAAAUGAUUGUGUUUAUUGGGCUGAUAUUGUCAAUGAUACAAUUGGAAGACAGUGUUUGAGAAACGGAACUGAGGAGAGAGAGAUUUUGGUGGAGACUGAUUUAGCUAGUGUUGAAGGUAUUGUUGUACAUCAGUGGCUGGCUAUAUGUUCUCUUUUUACUGAUUGGGAGCCAAUUUCCCCAUCUAUUUCAAGAGCAAAUCUAGAUGGAAGCGAAGUAACUCGGUGUUUACUGCACCUGUUUGUUAGUUGGCCCAAUGGCAUCACUGUAGAUCAUAUCGCUGAACGCAUAUAUUGGGUGGAUGCUCAAGAAGACUAUAUUGCCAGUAGUGAUUUGCAUGGAAAAACUUUGAAAAAUUAUGUCCAAACAAUUGAUAGGAGAUCUCCCUGGACUUAUGGAUCUGAAGAUCUAUGCCCACUCAAUACAAGAAGUUCGUUUUCCGUGAUCUCUACUACAAGGUGUUGUUGUGACGAGGGACAUGGCUGGAACUUUCAUCAGGCGGGACAUCCCAUUUACACUUCCGAUUUGUAUUUCCAUCCCGAAGACCCGGAAACAUUUUUGGUGCACGACGAAGUUGAUGAACAGAAAACGUUGUACAUAACGAGAAAUUUUGGAGAAACAUUUACACCCCUACAGAAGUAUGUGAAGUCAUUUGCAUGGUCUUCAGGUUCUUCAUCUGAUGCAUCAAAUUAUUCAGGUGGAUCCAGAAUGACUUCUCCUUUGCCUUUGCUAUUAUAUAUUGAAAGAGCAGAACCAACGGACACAAGUACUGUUCUUACUGUGACCGCAUUAUCCCAGACAAAUGUGUUGAUUGGCAAUGUCCAAGAUUUCUUAGUUAGAGGAGACUUUAUGUUCGCCACCAGGAAAAACAACAAGAACAAUCUAGAACUACUGAUUUCAUAUCGAAGAGCCCCUUUUGUAGUAGCUCAUUUUUCAUCAGAAUUGAGCUUUCUAGCCAUCCAUGUGGCUGAUGUGACAGAUAGAAGACUGAUGGUAGUGGGUGUUCAUGGUGACACUGUAGCUCAUCUCUAUGUUUCUGAGAGCAAUGAAGAUUUCUCUAGAAUUAAUUUUGUUUUAAGCUUAGAAGGCAUUUUGUGCCAUGUUCCAAAUAGUACGUGGACUGACACCUGGCUGAGUGAUAUAGCAGAAGAAUCAUUUGCUGACUUAUACCGUGUUGAGGGUCUUCUUGGAGUCUAUAUUGCGUCCCGCGUUCUUUCUACUUCUACAUUCAAUAACAAUGCCACCAGUAGAGGCAGAACUCAACCAGUUAUAUCACCAGAACAUUUAUCCAGUGUGAUAACCUUCGAUCAUGGUGCCACUUGGCGACCGAUUUCUCCACCGCGACGAGAUGACGAUGGACAUCCAAUCAAAUGCGACACCAACCUGGGAUGCUCAUUGCAUUUGACUCAGAAAUUCAGUCAGUUGUAUCCUGUUACUAGAUCGGUUACAAUACUCAGUUCCAAGUCCGCACCCGGCAUCAUUCUCGCCGCUGGUGUUAUCGGACGCUCUUUAAAAGGUCAUCCUGGUGUAUUUUUAAGUCGAGAUGGCGGUCUUACUUGGAAGCAAAUUCUGAAAGACUAUUAUUUCUUCAAUUUCGGUGACCACGGUGGCGUUUUAGUCGCCGUGAAGUAUUUUAAGACGAGAGGCGAAACGAAACGUCUAUAUUCUACUGAUGAAGGUGAUACUUGGAAGAGUGUCGAUUUCCAUUCAAAGGAUUUGAGAAUUUAUGGUUUGAUGACGGAACCAGGGGAGAAUACUACGGUUUUCACUAUGUUUGGUUCAAGCCCUGGUCUACAUCAAUGGCAAAUUAUAAAGGUUGAUUUGGCAGCCGCUUUCGACCGUAUGUGCACGCCCGAAGAUUACAAAUUUUGGGCUCCAGGAGGUCUUUCUGGUGUUUCAGAAAUGGCAUGUUCUAUGGGAUCCAAAGAUACUUAUCAACGAAGGAUACCAAGGGCUAAUUGCUAUAAUGGCAAAGAUUACUCCAGACCGGUUAAUAAAGAAGUUUGCGAGUGCGGAGCUCACGAUUUUGAAUGUUCUCCAGGCUUUACUCGUAGUAGCCAACCGUUCCACUGCAUAAAAAAACCUGAACUAUCAGAGGAUCCGUUUGCUGUUCCCGCCACUUGCAGACCUGGACAAUUUUAUAAAAGGACUAAAGGUUAUAAAAAGAUUGAUGGAGAUGUCUGUUUGGGCGGUUAUGAGUACCUCUAUGAACCAGCAACAAUACCGUGUCCAUUUGCUCCAACAAGAGAAUUUUUAGUUAUGGCUCAACGAGAGAAAAUAAUUCGCAUAGAUUUAUCUGCACCAACUAAUGGCACCAUAUCAAGGACAGGAAUAGAAGUUUUUCCUGUAGAUGGUUUGAAGAAUGUUAUAGCAAUUGAGUAUGAUAUGAAAAAUGAUUGUGUUUAUUGGGCUGAUAUUGUCAAUGAUACAAUUGGAAGACAGUGUUUGAGAAACGGAACUGAGGAGAGAGAGAUUUUGGUGGAGACUGAUUUAGCUAGUGUUGAAGGAAUGUCAUUGGAUUGGAUAUCUCGAUUAUUGUACUUUGUUGAUGGAAUGAGACAAAAGAUUGAAGCGAUACAUAUUGAUACAAAUGCUUUUGGACGAUUCCGGAGAACUAUUUUGGAUUCAAAGGUUCUUACAAAACCUAGAGGUAUUGUUGUACAUCCAGUGGCUGGCUAUAUGUUCUUUACUGAUUGGGAGCCAAUUUCCCCAUCUAUUUCAAGAGCAAAUCUAGAUGGAAGCGAAGUAACUCGGUUGUUUACUGCACCUGUUGUUAGUUGGCCCAAUGGCAUCACUGUAGAUCAUAUCGCUGAACGCAUAUAUUGGGUGGAUGCUCAAGAAGACUAUAUUGCCAGUAGUGAUUUGCAUGGAAAACAUUUUGAAAAAAUUAUGUCUGAAGAAGAACGAGUUACUCAUCCAUUUGCUGUAGCUGUUUUCAAACACACCAUGUAUUGGGAUGAUUGGAAAACCAGUGCUGUGUACAGUGCAGACAAAGAUCAUGGAUUACAGGUCCAAACAAUUGCUAGAGAUCUCCCUGGACUUAUGGAUCUGAAGAUCUAUGCCCACUCAAUACAAGAAGGUACAAGCGCUUGUUCUCCCAUGAGUAAUGAGACAAAACCAAAAUGCCCCUAUACUUGUGUUAGCAUGCCUAAAGGGCAAUAUAAGUGUUUGUGUCCUGAUGGAAUGGACGAUAUCGGAGGAAAAUGUUUGUGUCCUGGUGGAUCCGCACCUUUCGCUAAUAACACAUGUCCACAGCAAGCAAAUACCUGCCGACCAGACCACUUUACUUGUUCGAACGGUGUAUGUAUACCACUUUCACUUAGGUGCGAUGGUGGACAAGACUGCGGGGAUGGAAGUGAUGAAUUAAAUUGCGCUUUGGCAAGCAAUGCAAGUGGUUGUGGUGUGAACAUGUUCCGUUGCCAGGACGGAGGCUGCGUACCACGACAUUGGCGCUGCGACUCUGAUCGUGAUUGCAAAGAUGGUAGCGAUGAAGCUAAUUGUCAAUAUGCUGAAUGCUCUGCUGGUGAAUUUAGAUGUGGAAAUGGAAGGUGCAUCUCUUCAAAGUGGAAAUGUGAUGGCGAAGAUGAUUGUCGUGAUGGAACAGAUGAGAAAGAUUGCCCAUCUCGUGCUAAUGUCACAUGUAAAGCAGAUGAAUUCAGAUGUAAUUCAACCAACACUUGCAUACCUAACUCUUGGCGAUGUGAUGCUGAUACUGAUUGCCCUGAUGCUUCUGAUGAAAAAGGUUGUGCCAAUAUUACAAUCACAAACAAUGGUACUUGUGAAGAAUGGCAAUUCACAUGCGCCGAUGGACUUUGCGUUUAUGCAACAUUCAGAUGUGACGGAGCUCCUGAUUGCAGGGAUGGAAGUGAUGAAGUAAAUUGCACUACGAUUUUGCCAGCCUUGGGACCAACUUAUACAGAAAAGCCACGUCCAAGUUUCCAGUCCCAAGAAAAUUGCGUCGAUUGGAUGUUCAAGUGUGCAGAAGAAAGAAAGUGCAUUCCAUACUGGUGGAAAUGCGAUGGGGUCAACGAUUGCGCUGAUGCAUCUGACGAACGGGGCUGCGGAGACCGAACAGGAAUAUCAUCAACUUUCAGGCCACAGACCACAUCUUCUACAUCUAAUAGGACAGGUCCAUCAACUACUAGUAGAUGUGUUGACCGUGAAUUCAAAUGUGAUUCUGGUGAAUGCAUACCCCAGUCUUACGUUUGUGAUGGUUAUCAAGACUGCAGGAGUGGUGAUGAUGAAUUAAGAUGCCUUGAUGGUUCUCAUCACAAGGAAACUAAAGGUUUUAGAUGUAGAAUGGAUGGCACUUGCAUUCCCAAAGAAGUUGUUUGCGAUGGUCACGUUGAUUGUCCAGAUUCCAGUGAUGAACUUGGCUGCUUAAGCCAUAAUAAAACCGAGCAUACAAGUCAAGAAAAACAACCAACUUUGUGUUCACGUGGCUAUUUUGCUUGUGCUACUGGUGAAUGCUUGGCACAGACCAAAUUCUGUGAUGGCAAGCAGGAUUGCUAUGAUGGAUCUGAUGAAUCUAAUUGUGAAGGAAGAAAACGAGUAUACCAGAUUCUCCUUAUGGGCGUCGAAGAUCGCAGCAUUAACUCAUCCAGCUUGCUCCUCUACUGGUCUUUACCCAGAAAUACAAAAGAUGUAAAACUCGAAUUCUUACCCUCCAUUACCCCCAUCUCCAGCAAUCAAGAAACAUGGACAAACCACACCAGUUGGCUUGAGCAAUCUGAACACCGAUUUUUGAAUCUCAAACCAUACACUAAUUAUAACAUGACAGUUUAUGUCAGAGUAAAGAAAGUCGACAAAAGUGAUAAGAAAGGUGAUUCAAAUGGUGUAGAAGUUGCGCCUAUCAAAUUUGUCAAUGCCACUACAUCAGAAGGCAUUCCUGAUAGCCCAACUAAUGUGAAAUUACUUCAACAAAAUGGAUCAAAUAUUCAAGUCACUUGGGAAGAGUCUAAGAAUGUAAAUGGUUUGAGAGGUUAUACACUAUUUGUGUCACCUCCUACACCACCAAGACAGUAUCAAAUACCUGCUCAAACAACAUCUUACACUGUUAGAGGUGAUUUCAAACCAGCAAUGAAAUAUACAUUCUGGCUUGUAGCUCGUAACACAUUAGCUUUAUCAGAAAACUCUAAUACUUCUGAAAUUGUUUUUGAUGGGGAUUCAGUGUUUAGUGAUCGCAUCAGAGGAUUACAUGUUGUUAACGUUGCUGGUGAUAAAGAUAGAGGAGUAUCGAGCAUAUCACUGUCUUGGGACCCUGUGAAAAAUGUUGAUGGCUACAGUGUGCAAAGAAUUUUACCUCUUCCAUAUCCAAAAUUGGAACCUGUAUUUGUUAAGAAGAACGAAAUUGUCAUCAAAAACGCUAGUCCUGGAGUUGAACACGCCAUUUCAGUUUCUGCAGUAAGGAAGCAAUAUCAUUCUAUGUCUAGUUCCAUAACUGUUGCCACUCCAGGAAGAAAUUUCCCAGAUGCUACAGCUAUUCAAGCUCGUCUUAUCAAGCCUGCAGCUGGCAGUAAAUCAGAAAUUGGUGUAGCUAAAGUUACAUGGGAGGCACCAGGAAAGGCAAAAUGGUGGUAUGCGGUUUAUUAUGGCAGAAACAUGCAGGAGCUAUUAGAAAAACCUCGUCUCAUAACCAAGAACCUAACCGCCACCAUCCGCGGAUUAGAGCACUGCUCCUCAUACUUUAUAGCAGUUGGUGUUUUAGCUGGUGAUGGUGCUUCAGGAACCUCAUCUGGUGACUUGGAUAGUUCUCUGGGAUCUCUUGGUGCACGAUGGGCUCCAGGACCUCUUAGUACAGCUGGUUCUGGCACUCUCGACACACCUUAUGAUCCAAAAGCUCCAGUCAGGGAUUUGAAAGCUACUGUUGUUGAGACUAAUGGAGUGGUCAAUAGGAAAGGAUUGCUCAUCACUUGGAAACCAAGCUGUGAUGUUAUCACUCAACCCGUGGGAUAUGUGGCUGAAAUAAUAGAAUUGACCACCAACGAAACAUUCCGCUUCGAAUUGGCAGCAGUUUCCAACAGAACGCUUUCCCAUCUUGUGGAACCUGUAUUAUACGGCGCCAAUUAUCGGAUUCUCGUCAGAACUUCUGGUGAUGGAUUGACAUCGAAAGGUCCAGCCGCAGAUUCUGAAAUUACCGUACAAGGACCCCCAUUACCGGUUCCACAUCAACUGCAGAUGUGGAGGCAGAGGAACAGCUCUUUCUUGGUGCAAUGGAAAGAUGUCAAGAUGCCUGAUGAAAUUAGUUCCAUUAAAUUCAAAUAUGUGUUGUGGGUGUCGACAGGUAAACAGGUUGAUACAAAGACUGGCAAGAAUUAUACUCUAUCAGAAUCAACGUUAAUUCUUGAUUCUUUGGAAGAAGGACAGAUUUAUUCAAUGGCUGUGCAAAUCCAAACUGAACAAGGAAUGCUUUCUGAAUUAAGUGAAGUGGAAUCGAUUCAAGUACCAUUAGGAACGUGGUCGUUGUUCUCUUACGACGAAUCUAGUGGCAAUGGCGGUUCCACAUGGCGUGUGGCUGCACCAGUAUUGAUCCUGGUGACUUUAGCUGUAUGCACCGCCGCCGCUGUUCUCGUUUGGAGGCAUCGAAGGGCGCAGAAUAGUUUCACCAGAUUCGCAAAUUCUCAUUACGACACGAGGACUGGUGCUACUACUAUUGGCGCAGGAGGAGUUUUAGAUGACGAUGUUCCUGAUAUAAGGCCGUUCUCCGACGACGAACCUUUGGUUUUAGCGUAGACCAAAAUUGUGUAAGCGCUGUAUAAUAAAUCAUAUUUAAGUAUUGUUUUGAAUUAAUAAACCUAUUUCGUUGUUGGCUUCUAAAAUCAUUUUAAAAUAUUCAAUAAUGAAAUAAAAACUACGAAGUAUUCGAUUUUAAUAUCAUUGAUUUUAGAGCUCAAGUUAAUAUUUGUUUUUAAAUAUCACACU